GAGUAUUGACUUUUUGAAAUAGAGAAGCAAAGAACUCGGCUUUGUGGAAGUCACAGGCGAACCUUGCUGCUUGUGCAAUUAACAUAACAACCAAAGAGGUAGUGAUGGAUUUCCCCAAACUUCUUUGCAGCUUCUAUUUAUUACAGCUGGUGGUCUGUCUUGGUCAGGCAAAGUGUUCAGUUCACAAGCUGGAGACAGGCAUCUAAGGAAGUCCAUGCCAUGGUUCUGGAGAUUGUGUGGAGACUAUUGUCACCAGUGCAGUGGAGUCUGUGUCUUUUAUCCCUUCUCCUGCUUCUCAUAGUAUCAAUGUUAUUAUGUGCGAUCCGUUCAAAAAGUAGAAAGACAUCCAGGUUGUCAUUGGCUGAAAUGGGACCGAUCUCUGGUGAAAGGCCUCCAGAUUCAAUUGAGGUCACGACCUCAGAACUAAGGAAGAACAUCAUUGGACCAGCAUCCUCAAAAAGAAAGUCAACCCAGUCCCAAAGAGAACACAGAGGGUCUUUCCCAGGGCAGGAUAACCCAAGGCCGGUGAAGAAGGCUUUGAGGCAGUUGCCUCCCUUACCUGAGCUGGAGAAGAGCAGUGUCCGACGACACAGCAGCUACACUGGGUCCGUAGUGUACGACGUUGUGGCCACAGAGGUCUGUAAUCUAUGGCCCACUACAGACAACAAGGCUUCUCAACAACAUACAGCAGACUGCAGCAACCACCUGGAGGAGGAAGAUGAAAAGGGGGAAAUUCCGUUCCCUGUCUAUGCCAAAGUCAACAAAACCAAAGUUUGCUCGAACUCAUCAAGACGUUCACCACUGUAUGCCAAAGUGAACAAGACUAGAUCCCGGACUGUGAAAUCGGAACUACUGUUCUGCAGUGACUGAUAAUAAGUCAACACUGUGACUGACAUGUCCUCCAAAUGCUAAAUACUCUACUAUGUUUUACGCCAAAAGCUUACUUGAGAUAAAUGCUUCAAAUGCCAAUCUGAUUCAUGUAAACGGAUGACAAGUGUAAUCCAAUAGACAAGAGGAGUAAAACGUAUCACUCACUCACAGAGCCAAAUGCAUCGAGUUGUUUUGUACUUUCUGAAAUGUUCAUAUGCGUUUCUUAUGUUGUUUCCCAGGCCCACAAUGCUGCAAAGACACA